UCUGAUUUUUAAGAAACAGCACAUACCUUAAGAUGGCAGCCCAGAGGAUUCGUGCUGCUAAUGCCAGUUGCCUCUCACGAUGCAAAUCUGAGGGGAUGCUGAUAGACCUGAAUGAAGAAUUUUCAGAAACCAGUUUGAAUUCUAUCAAAGUGCCUUCUCCUGGUGCCUUGAUGACAGAUAGUUCUACAUCAUUGGGAACUGCAAAGGAAGUUGUAGCUAUUAAAGACUAUUGUCCAAACAACUUUACUACAUUGAAGUUUUCCAAGGGAGAUCAUCUGUAUAUCUUAGAUACCUCAGGAGGUGAGUGGUGGUAUGCACACAAUACCACAGAAAUGGGCUAUAUCCCAUCCUCCUAUGUGCAGCCCAUAAACUAUUGGAACUCGUCAUUAACUGACAGUGGAAUGAUAGACUAUCUCCUUGAAAAUUCUGAUGAAGGAGCAAAAGAGCUGGAUCUGCUUGGAGACUGGUCAGAUGCAAAGUGGAACUUAGCUAAAAACAACCCUUUUUUGAACAGUACUCAAACUACUAACCAUUUUCUGAAUGGAAAUAUGAAAGAAAUGUCAGAAAAAAGCAAAGAAGGUUUUCCCCAAAUCACAAUGGAUUUGUUACUGUUUGAUACAGUGCCGACAUUUACAGGGUCAAAUUCUGCAGCACAUAGCAGUGCAGGUAAUAAUCUUGAUAAAGUGCCAUCAGUGAAUGGAUUUGAUUUUGAGCAACCAAACAGACGAGACAAUCCUUUUUUUAGAAGCAAACGCUCAUACAGUUUAACAGAGCUCUCUAUACUUCAGGCAAAAUCAGAAAGUCCAUCUUCAUCAGGUUUCUUUACUGGAUUGAAAUCUCCUACUCCAGAGCAAUUCCAAACUAGAGAAGAUUUCAGGGUUGCAUGGCUAAGUCAUCGGAAACUAGCAAGAUCAUGCCAUGACUUGGAUCUGCUGGGUCAGAACCCUGGUUGGGGUCAGACACAACCUGUGGAGACCAACAUAGUUUGCAAACUGGAUAGUUCAGGUGGUGCAGUUCAACUUCCAGAUACAAAUAUUAAUAUUCAUGUACCUGAAGGACAUGUGGCUGAUGGAGAUGCACAACAGAUCUCUAUGAAAGCUCUAUUGGAUCCGCCACUGGAGCUCAACAGUGACAAAUGCAGUACCAUAAGUCCUCUGCUAGAAAUUAAACUGAGCAACAUGGAAAUCAGAACACCCAUUAUAUUGGAAAUGAAAAUUUCAGCAGAAGUUAACAAUGACAUUGUGAGCAAGAAUUUAGUAGCGAUAAGGUGCCUUAGGAGUGAUAUGAAGGAAGGCCCAUAUACUCCAAUGGUGCUAAGUUACUGUUAUGGAGGCACAAUCAAAAUUCAGUUGGAGAACCUGGAGCCCUGCAUGUAUAUAGCUGUUGUAGCCCAAGGACAGAACAUUUCAUAUCCUUACACAGUUUGGGAUUAUAUGAGUAAAAAAAUUACAAUUGGGGUCUAUGGUCCAAAACACAUACAUCCUUCAUUUAAAACUGUAGUUGCUGUAUUUGGACAUGACUGUGCCCCAAAAAGUCUUCUAGUGAAUGAAGUUACAUGUCAAGUACACAGUGCAGCACCUGUAAUGCUGCACCUGUGGGGAAAGCACCAGUUCUUCUUAGUAAGGCCACAAGACCUAAAACUUUGUAUGUUUUCAAAUAUGCCUAAUUAUGAGGUGAAAGCCAGUGAUCAGGCAAAAAUGGUGAGAGGAUUCCAAAUGAAGCUUGGCAAAGUCAGUCGCCUCAUUUUCCCUAUCAUAUCACAUGACCCUAAUGAGCUGUCUGAUUUUACUUUAAGAAUACAAGUCAAAGAUGACAAAGAUAUUAUGCUUGCUCAGUUCUGUGUACAGACACCUCAGCCACUUCUUAAAAAUGCUGCUAAGUCCACUGGACAGCGACGGUUUCUGAAAAAAAAUGAAAUUGGGAAAAUAAUUUUGUCUCCUCUUGUGACCACCUGCAAAUAUCCUGUUUUCCAAGAUCGGACUGUAGCUGGUUUAAAAUAUGGCAAAAUGCUGAAAACAGUAGUGAGGCAAAAUAAGAACCAUUAUCUCUUGGAGUAUAAGAAAGGAGACACUAUAGCUUUGCUAAGUGAGGAGAAAAUCAGAUUGAAAGGUCAGCUCUGGACCAAGGAAUGGUACAUUGGAUACUAUCAUGGUAAAAUUGGCCUAGUCCAUAUUAAAAAUGUUUUAAUUAUUGGAAAAGUCAAACCAAAUUAUUUCUUUGGACCUGAGCUUACCACAAGUAUGUUGCUGGAGCAAAUCCUAAGACCUUGCAAAUUUCUGACCUAUAUCUAUGCUUCAGUAAGGACUUUGCUGAUGGAAAAUAUUAGCAGCUGGCGUGCCUUUGCAGAUGCUCUGGGAUAUGGGAACUUGCCACUUGCUUUUUUCUGUCGAGCAGAAUUGGACAGUGAACCAGAAUGUGUUGCUUCUGUGUUGGAGAAAUUGAAAGAGGACUGUAAUAAUUCAGAAAGUAAAGAUAAGAAAUCUUUCCAGAAAGAACUGAUGUCUGCAUUAUUGAAAAUGGACUGUCAAGGCUUGGUUGUCAAGCUAAUUCAGGAUUUUGUUCUUCUGACUACAGCUGUAGAAGUAUCUCAGCGCUGGAGAGAACUUGCUGAGAAAUUGGCUAAAGUUUCUAAGCAACAGAUGGAUGCCUAUGAAGCUCCCCAUCAGGAUAAGAAUGGUGCAGUUGAUAGUGAGGCAAUGUGGAAACCAGCCUAUGAUUUCAUGCUAACAUGGAGUAAUCAGAUGGGAGACAGUUACCGUGAUGUUACCCAAGAGCUGCACAUUGGUCUUGAUAAAAUGAAGAAUCCUAUUACAAAACGUUGGAAACAUCUGACUGGAACACUAAUUUUAGUAAAUUCUUUGGAAAUAUUACGAGCGGCUGCUUUUAGCCCACAGGAAGAAUAUGAUGAUUAUGUCCUCUGAUGGAGAGUUUAGUCUCAUGCAGUCUUGUAUUUGUUAUUAGUUCAAGAAAAAGAGCUUCUGAAUAGCCAAAGUUUGGAGCAUGA